AUCAAAAGAGAACAAUUUCAUUAUCUCCAUCUCUUAACCCCAAAUAAUUAAUUUUAUUUGAAAGGGUGCUUCAUUUAUAUAUAUAUUUUCCUAAUCAGUUUAUCACAGCUUCCCUCUCGUUAUCUCAUUUUCGCGGAUUAUUUGAAAAGUUACGCUCUUAAGAGCGAGCACGCGACGCGUCUGAGGGAGAAGCUCGCGCUCUUUGUUCAUUCAUUUGAUCUGCUGGGAUUCUUUGUUGCGCUUGAAAGCAUGGGAGCGCAAAUAUCCAAAAACGGUGCAAAAGACGAGACGGUUGCCGAAAAACCAGGCGAGGCAGAGAAUAAAACAAACGGGCAGGAGAAUGGUCAUGCUAAAACCAAUGGGAAUGCUUCUCCAGAUGCAGCCACAGAAGAUGUGCAGGCCAGUGGGAAGCACUCCACUGAUGAAGAAGUGAAGACGGAGGAAGAUAAAGCUGAGAAUGGAGGUGCCACUCCGGAGGGUAAUGGGGAGAGUUCCACUGUUGCAAAUGGCGAGGACACAAGCAAGUCUGAAGAAAACGGCUCUGCCUCUGCUAGCGGCGAGCCUGGCAAACAGAAGAAGCGCUUCUCCUUCAAGAAGCCAUUUAAACUUAGUGGCUUCUCGUUUAAGAAGACCACCAAAAAAGAAGCUGAAGGUGGAGAGGUGGCAGCUGCAGUUGUUGAGAAUGGUGAGCAGAAAAAAGAUGCUGAACAUGACGCUGAGGAGGCCAAACCUGAGGCUGCCAGUGAAGAAACCAAGAUGGAGGCUCUUACCGAGGAACCCAAAGCUGAGGAACCAACUGAAAGCAAUGAGGAAAAACCAUCCAGUGAGGUCGUUGAGGAGAAGCAAGCAGAGGCAGCACCUCAAGAACCAGCAGCUGCCACAGAGAGCUUGGAGGCCCCGGCUGCUGCCACAGAAUAGGAUGGAGGUGAAAAGCCGGUUUUAGAUGAAGUCCGAGGAGCACAAACAUGGAAAAUUUGUACAAAAACCAAUGACAUUUCAAACCUUCUGUUUUCUCCCAUACUUUUUCAUUUCAUCCAUUCCUGUUCCAUCCACUACAUUGUAUAUCGCAUUUUGAAGGAAGGAAGUUGGAUGGAAUGUUUGGAUACGAAAGGCACUGUUUUCCCAUGUUCUUCAUAAUUUUUUUUGUAGCAGUUGUGUAAGUGGGUGUGUGUGCGUGUUUGUUUGUGCAUGAAUGAGAUUAAUAGAGCAUUGCUUGUUUCACACUUUUUGUUUCUUUUUGUAGGUGAACUAUGUUAGUAUCUUAAGGACAUUGAUUUAAAAUGUUAGUUGAAGGCACUGGUGCCAUACAAUUGGGUAAAUCAAGGGUGUAGAAAAAGGAGCUAUCAGAAAUGACAUUAGCAAAUAAUUUACAGAUGUUAUUGGUCAGUUGCCAUUUAGAUUUUACUGAUUGUUACAUGAAUCACUGAAAUAGGUGCUCAAAACCUCAACAGCUGCAUUGUGCAAUACCGCCACAUUAUGUAUUGGUAUUGGCUAUAGUCAUUGCUGGUUUUUAUGAUGUUGAUAAUGUUUUGUUUUUUUUUUUUUUUAAAUCAGUGGUAUCAAUUGAAGUGUUUUUUUUUAAAUCAGUGGUAUCAAUUGAAGUGUUUUUUUUUUUUUGUUGUUGUUUUUUUUCAUCCACAGAAGUACUCUUGUUUCAAUGAGAAUGAUGUUCUGCAAUGUUUAAGAUCAAAACGUUUGACCUGUCAUGUGUAAAGCAGUCAAAGUGGUUUUUAUUCCAGCAGAGGUCCACAAAUGUAGGAAAAAUUGCAGGUGCAAUCGUCAAGUAGAUUUUCUUCUUUUUUUUUUUUCUUCCUGUAAAUACUUCAGCACCAUCUCUACUUGAUUUUUUUAAAAUGGAAUGUAGUUGCGUGCAAAUCGUUCACAAUGCUUCUUUUACCCCUGAAUUUUAGGGGCACUCAAAACAAAAAUAAAGGAUUUAGACCGAGAAUAUAUGAGUGGCUUUGUUUACCUUCACAAUAUGUGUGUGUGUGUGUGUGUGUGUGU